GAUAAAUAAAUUUGAAACUAAGCAGGACAAAUUUUGCGCCAUCUCUCGCGCGCGCGCACACACAAACACACAGCAAUUUUCACGCUUUCUCUCUCUCUCUACUCUAAGAAGUAAGAAGCUCUGGAAAAUGGCGAAUCUGAGACGUAGUUACAGAGAUUCAACGCCCUCAAAUUAUUCAAACGAUUCAAAUUCAGGUGGUAUUGGGAUUUGUAUGAUGAGGAACACUUGGAAAGAUGAACAACACCCAUCCUUCAUCAACUUUAUCACCUCCUUCCUUAGUGCAAAUUCUUUCCGGCUCAACUUUGUCCCAGUUGCUCCUGAUUUCAUUUUCAACACCGGGGGUGUGUCAGUGGCAUUCAUUUUUGUGACAAAUUGGGAUUGCAACAAUGUCUCCCCUAUCUUUGGCAGAGUUCAGAAACUGAAGGCACAAUUUGCACAUUUCUACGUAGUUGUUACCCUCCCAACAAAGGAGCAAAAUGAUUCCUUUGUUCGCUCUUAUUUCAAAUUUGGGAUGGAGCUUGGCAGGCCAACAUUUGUGCCAGUUCAAGACUUAGAGAUGGGUUUUGAGAAGACUGUGAAGAUAGCACAUGCUCGUGGGGUAUGCAAGCAGCAGGAUGCAAAAUCCAAAUUGAAGGCCGAGAGAGAGAAGUCGGUGCAAGUAAUGGACGUUUAUCUCAGGGUGGUCACGUCCAUACCUGGCAUUGAUAACCAUGAUGCAAACUCGCUCAAUCAAGCCAUUGGUUCAAUAGAAGCAAUAGCGAAGGCAUCAAAGGAAUUCAUUUUGGAAAAUACAGACCUCUCAGCUGAAAAAGCAGAGAUGAUUACGAGGUUCUUCAGAGAUCAAAAGUUGUACCUCGGUCCCAAAAUCAAUUGACAGAAGAUAAGUCUCAAACAAACUUGACAGCUCAUGUACACUUUUAACAUCUUGGAAUUUGUCUUCCUUGAAUAAUUUUGUUUUUGAUACUGAUGCUGAAUUCGAUUAGAUGUUUUUACACUCAUUUUGGUUCCGAUAAUAUAUUUUCAUGUCACAAAUUGAAAGGGGAAAUAUCUGAAUCCAAUUGGAAAAAGUUGAU